AUGGUCACUCAUCGACUUUUGAGAUCAAAAAAGAUUCUUUCGUUCUCACAAGAACAGCAACACACCUCCUCUUCAGUGACGAUGCUAUCCCUGAUGAUCAUGAGAAGUAGUUGUACCACCACUUCACAUUCCACACGCGGUGGUGGUGGUGCCUUACAAUAUUGUACUCACUUCCAUCGGAGUCGUACUCAUCCCAUGAAAACAAGUCAUUCUGCUGAUGUUGUACAUAAAACACAUUUUAAUCCAUCCAAUAUUAUUGGACACUUUCGAGACAAUGCGUCGUUGUGGUCAUGGUGGGAUGAUGAAACCUCUUCUUAUAUGGGAGGAGGAGGAAGAAGGAACUAUCAUUGUUCGCUUUUUUCAUCAUCCUCAGAGACUCGCGCAACAACAAUAACAACAACUUCUAACAUGACUUCAUCCUCUUCUCCUUCUCCAACAUCACUCCGAGAAUUAGCCAAACAAUUCCGAGAUGCCAAGAACAUGAAGGAGAUUUCUACUUGUAUUUCCUCUCUUGAACAAUACGCUUUGAAACAUCCUAACGAAUCAAGAACGUCUCAUAUUGCUUUAUAUUCGAUUGCUUUAGACAUGGCCAUGAAAGAGAACAAAAUCGAUGAUGUUCGGAAAAUUAUGGAAAGGACGAAAUCAUACUUUUAUUUGAUGGACGUUCAAACCUUGAGGUCCCUCACACUCUUCUUUGGAAGAUACUACAAGAAUCAUCCCGAACAAUUACAUCACAUACUUGCUCAGGCCAUGAUGCACAAACCAAAGAAAGCAUCCAUUGCUUCCGUCUUGUGCAGCGAGUAUUCUCCAAUUGAGUUUAUGAGAGUAGUCGCCAUGACACGAAAACACAAUAUUGAAUGUCUUUCUAAAAUUGCUCCACUUGCCAUUGCUUCUGCUCUCAUGAAUGAUGAAUUUAAAUUUGCGAAAAUUAUUUUAGAUUAUUUUGUGGAUGCAAUUCUUUUUCAUGACCAACAGUUGAAAAAGAAGCAAGAGGAUUAUGUAUUUGUUGGUGAGUCACAAAGCACAUUUAAUGGAAUUCCUGAACUAGUAUUUCAUGAUACAACCAAAGAGAGCUUUCUUGAGUUUACCGAAUCGGUACUGAGAAUUGUCAUCAAAAAAUUACGACAAACUAUGAUCAAACUCUCUGCAUACACUUGCAAAACAGAGACAGGACACAUGACAUUCAACGAUCAAAUUUAUAAGGAUGCAUGCAAUAGUAUUAUAGAAACACUCUCACUUGCUGUGGAUACCAUUUCAAAAACAACAACGAAUAUUCUUCCACCAAACUUUCAAGGUUCAUUUGAUACAGAUAAUAUCGUAGAGUUAAAUGAUGAACUUUGUACAAAAAUUUGUUAUGCCCUUGAAGCGAAUCGAACAUUUAUGGAUGAAUCACCAAGCAAAAAAUUAGCAAAGAAAUUUAGAGAAAUGGUAACGGGCAUGAGGAGCAGUUCAUUCGAUGACUAUCUCCAAAGAAAAGUUAAAACGUUCAAAGAGAGGAUGGGCGUGAAGGAAGAUCCAUAUGUUCAAUUCAGAAUGGAAUAUCAAGUGAAAGUUGACAAGGAUGGUGUAUUGAAUUCUGAUAUUUCCGAUGCAUACGUGAAUCCUAACCCCAUUCAAGCUGGAGAUACAGUUAUUGUUAAUCACUUUGAAUUCGUGGAUGAUUCCAGCGCCAAGGUUGUGGUGACAGGCCGUAGCUACCAGGGAAGAGGAAACGAACCUAGUCUUGGAAACGAGCCAGAAGAGGAUCAGCCACUCGAGCAAAGUUUUGUUUCUCUUCUCUCCAUGGCUGAUGAAGAAUCUUUGUCACAGGAACAUAACGCUGAUGGAGUCAAGGAUGAAGACUUUUGGUAA